AUGAGUGAUUCAAAGCUAUUCAAAGAAACCUUAUCUGAUGAAAAUUUAUCUGAAGAACUUCUUGGAGAAGAUGUCAUGGUUUCAAAUGUAAAGAGGACCUCUCGCUUAGAAAUUAAUAUGUCAAAGAUACCAUUUAAAUCAGCUAAAAGAGUUCCCUGAUUAAUACCCAAACCAUCGAAGUUACAUCCUCAAAGUUGUGAAGACAACAAGGUUGUGACAUAUAAAAGGAUUUCAGGACAGAAAUUUUAUUCAGAAGAUCCUUUAUGAAAAUCUGAAGUUCAAAAAGAUAUUAGAAGUCUUCUUCAGAAAGCAAUAAAGAUAAGAAGUCUUUGAUUAGACGAUCUGAAUAAUCCGCCAUCAAAGCCCCUACACUUCGAUGCAAAAUUAGAUCUAACCUUUGUAAAAACCAGAGUUUGAAAAGGACCAAAAAUAUUUCCUCAUAAGGAACCAGAGUCUUAAAUACAAAGAUACUACAAUGGCUGGCAUUAAGAACUCCUACUAGCUACUUCCUAAUAAUUUUUUAUAAAAUAU